AUGGGUUCACAAACCUUGGAGAUUUUGCGCCAGGGCGUGUGGGCCUCACUGACCGGUGGCUGGUUCUACGAUCCACAUCAGGGCGUCUUCUGUAAUGUGGUACACCUGUAUCUCUGGUUGUACCUGCUGUGUUCACCGUUUGUCGCGUAUCUGUAUUUUCCAAGUACUUGGCUAACAUGGUGCAUUUACUGCACACUCACAAGUUUCACCAUAUUGCUGGUGAAACUAGCAAAUAUGGCAUUGCAUCGGCUCUACGACCGAGCCCAAACCAUGUCGGAGGCGAAUCUCAAAAAUCCAUUUUUCAAAAUCACUAAGGAAAUGGAACCACGCGAAAAUGAGACGGGCAUCGAAAUGAAGGUGAUGCGCAACGAUGGUUCACACAAUUCCGUGGAGCAGGCGAUAAAUGAAGCAAGCGAGGAGAACAGCAUGAUGUCCAUGGAAAAUGUAAAUAGCAUAAUUGACCUCAAGGUGGACGUACAUCGCAAAAACAGUUCAGAAUCUAUCGAAAUGCUGUUCUAUCCCCCUUCGCUAGUCUCUGGUAAUAGCCAACAAGAUCAACAGUCACUUGCCGGUUCCGUUAGCGUCACAAAAUCCAUACGUUCAACAAAUGCGCCCAUCACUGGCGCACUCAGCGUCUAUCCGGAGCACGAAAGUGAACAUAUGAGCAACGUCGACAUAACCGCACACCACAGCAGCACUUUAAAACCCGGCGCCAACAAUAGCACAGCCACCAACAAUGCCACCGCACGCCACAUGCCACACCUACUACGUAAAUCAUCUGAGGAAUUCAAGCGACGUCAUCAACGACGGCGUCUAGAACGUCAAGGCAGCUUAGACGCUGCCGCCGAAUCGUGCUUGGCCAACAAACUGAUACGCAAUCAAUCUGAUACAAUUGCGACGAGCACCACUGCGCGUUGUAAUGACAACUUUUUGCAUCCGCAAGACGUCAAUGCCGCUGUGGCGAGCAAAUCUGCCUCGGCAUCGAAGACGACGCACAAUGCGCUGGGCACCAUUGCAAUAGGCCCUGCCACACAACGAACUGCCACAACGACUAACGCCACGACAACGCUGGCGCUCACAAGUGCUAACGCAACACCAACGGCAACAACGAAUAUGUCGAGUUCCUCUGGCUCCGGCGGCGCUACAGGUUGUAUUGCACUGAACGCAUCCUCUGCGCUGUCGUCGGCUAAGGGGACGCGCUUGCAACGACAUCGCAGCUCCGAAACGCACGAAGAGCGCAUGAAACAACAAAAUCGUAGUCUCUUCCUGCCCAUUCACCAUGAGCAUCAGCCGCACCAUGUGUCCAGCGGCGCCAGCAGCAGCAGCGCGUUGGCGGCGAUAGUCGGUGACAUCUUGGACGGCGAUGAUAUGGAGAUGGAUGGUCUAGGCGGCAGCGCCAGCGGCAUGUCGGGGCAUGUGGACACGCGCGCGCGAGUUCUGCAGCCAUGGAUACUAGGUUCAUCCUCCGAUGUCUACAUCGACGAUGACAGCUACACGAAAUCGGAUUUUGGCAUCGAACAAUUGGAUGGGCGCAAGUCGAAUCGUCCCGGGUUUCUAUUGCAGCAGCAGCAGCCGUUUAACGCACAUUACGCGCAGUAUCAACAGCAAUUCUACCGCACUCCACAUCAUCACCACCACCAUGGCGUCGUCAACAUACGCAAAGACUCCAGCAGCACCAUGUCCGCGCUGCAACUGCCCGUGGGUAAUGCAAAAUCGAGUGCGGGUAACAGUGGCAGCGGCAUGAAAAGACGGCGACAUUCCAAUGCCACUGCACUCUAUAAAGGCGGCGCUAGUGGUGUAGGCGCCCCGCAUCAUGCGCACUCAAGCGCUUUGGCUGCCGCUGCUGCGUUGGCGUCGGGCCAGCAGCCGACUGUACGCCGCAUUAAGAGUGCGGCGCUAGAGAUCUCCUGUCCGCGUCCCUCAGUCUCGAACCUUAGUCCUCACCCCAACAGCGUGGAGGCGAUAAAUGGCCAGCAAAUGAUAAAGAAUCCGCAAUCAGCAUUGCUACCGCCACCUAGCAAAUGUCUAGUACGCAAUCCGCACCUAAACUUGUGUCCGAAGUUCGGCGGGAGCUUUGGUGGCGCGAGUAGCAGUAGUGGCGGCAGUAGCAGCUUAAAUUUCGGAACAAGCGGCUCGACCACCGCACUGAUUGAGCCCGUAUCGCCUAUUGUCGAACAGUCGGAUGAGCGCGCCUCGUCGUUGGAUGUAGCAACGCAACGUAGCGAUUGCGCAUUGGAAUUGAACGAUAUGGAAGCUGGUGAUUGUGGCGAUGACGAUGAGGACGAAGAUAUAGAAGGCAUAGAGGAAGGCAAUGAGGAAAAUGACAUUGAGCUGGAUGAUCUGGAUGACGACGAAGUUGAUAAUGUCGAUGACGAAGUAGAUGACGUACCGAUGCGUCACAGACGCAAAGCGUUGGGCUGUCUCCACCACAGCGCCGAAUCGGAUGUGGGUGAUAUACUGGGCGACGAGGUGGACAACGACGAAGACGACGAGUUCAAAGACUUUGAUGACGACUUGGAGCAUGGUUUGGGCAACGCUGAACUGAAAUCCGUCGUAUGUCAGGCGGCCCCAGUCAACCAGCCAAAGACAGAUUUCACGGAUGAUUUUGACCAUAUACUCAACGGACUAGAGCAGAUUCAGCAGGAUUUGAAACGUUCGGCGGCGGAAAAUAAUCGUAAGGCGCAUGUAUAUUCGGCCGAUAGUGAAGACGAAGUUGAUGAGCCCGCGGCAAGGCAACGCCAGUCAUUACGCUCGCCAACAGUGCAUGCCGCAGUUGCGCCUGCGCUGGAUGACGAACAGCCUUCGACUUCGCAAACAUUACGUCAGCGUCUACAUUCCACCGAUUCGGAGACGGACAACAACGGCUCGCGCUCACCACUGCUCAGCGGAAAAUCCUGGCAGCAUAGCGUCAGCAAAAAUAAAGCCGCGGAGCAGGAUAUGUACAUGGAGAUAUCGGCUUUGCAGAAGCACAAAAACUUAGCCGGACACCACGGUGGCGUUGGCGCGCCACAACACGCCUACGAAAUGCGCCCGCAGCAUGCUGCACGCGGCGAGGGUGACUCCGGCUGCCCUUCUAGUGAUUGCGAGCAGGUUAGCGCCAGUUCAAAAGACAUGUUGCUGGCGGGCAUGGAGGCGGCUGUUAACGUCGCGCCUCCUAAAGCAAAGGCGGAACCCCUGAAAGUGAACAAAGAUAUAGAGGAGGGCUUGGAAUGUGGGAAAAAACCAUCAACAAGCGCGGGCGCGAGUAGCAGCAAAAACCUAGGCGCUAUUCCAAAGGUCGUUAAAUAUCGCGAAGUAAAUGAGACUGUGAACAGCAGCGGCGGCGGCUCACAGCUGCAUAAACGACGCGGCGGCAACAGCGGUGCGACCAGCACAAACAACGAGAUGUCGCUGGUGCCAUACAACGCGCAGCAUAGCAUAACAUCGAAAACUGCUUCGCGCACUUCGUCUUCCACAUCAUCGCGCAGCAUAAGCGCCGAUUCCUUUUCCGCAGACAUACAUAAAAUGCUUUGGCUGAUGACGGAACAUGGCCGUCCCGAAGCCACACAACAGGGCUACGCUACAGCAAGCAGCGCGGCAACAGGUGCGUCAAGCAACGUCGUCGGCACCGGUGCCGGCGGCUGCUCAACUGCGACCGCCAAUAUGUCCAGCGCGCAUUUUCAAUUCUACCAAGAUGCCAUCCAGGCGCUCAACACCUACCCAGCCACAUCGACGGAUAGCCUCUGGCUGACAGAGCGCAUGUACUACCGCGACAAGGCGCGGCGCAACUCAAAACAAAUUUCCGAGCCAGGCAACUCCUCCAUAGGUGAUUUCUCGCAUGCACAUGAGCUGCAAUCGGCGCAAUUGAGUAGUCAGUCGGGCGCUACAACAGCGCCUAUACGCAAUCUACAUCCACCGCUCGGCGUUGUGGUGGCCUCCUCGUCGUUGAACGCGCGCACAGUAUACAACGGAGCUGGACUCUCAAUACAGGGACUCAUAAAUGUACUCAACGAUGAGGGACAACAGCGCUCUUCACAGACGCGCUCUGGUAGUGGUAGCAAUAACACUGGCACUGGCACCCGCUUACUAAAUGGCCGUCCCAUAGAGAGUUACUUUCGUCCAUCCUUCCCCUUGUCGGCUGAAAAACCGAUAGCACCAAAGAGCUACUACAAGUACCGUUUCAAAUGUUGUGGCUAUGAGCAUGAAUUCAAGAUCUCCAUGGAUCGCUUAGAGCUCUUAGCGCUCUUCGAUCGCGACCUACAUUGGCUUCACAUAAUGUUGUCCGUGUUGCUUUCUGCGAUGGUUGCCUAUCUUGGCGCCACGAUACUGCAGCUGGGCUACUACAAAGACCUGUUCGCGUUCCUAUUUUGCGCCGUUAUAGCGAGCGCACAGUACUCGCUGGUAAAGAGCGUACAGCCGGAUGCGGCCUCACCCAUACACGGCUUCAAUAAGACCGUGGCUUACUCGCGCGCUAUAUACUUCUGCAUAUGCAGCGGUAUACUCUUGCUUUGCGAGCGCCUGAAACGGGAGUAUGAACAACAGGCAGUGGCGCCGGCAGUGCUGAGCUUCUUCGGCGUACGCUAUUCACCGCUUGUGCUGACCGCAACAGCACUGCAAGUGAUGUACGUGUUCCUAUUGUGCUUCCCGAUAAUCUUCUCGUUAGGGCUCUUUCCGCAGAUCAACACCUUUCUCAUGUAUCUGCUGGAGCAAAUAGAUAUGCACGUCUUCGGCGGCAAUGCAGCGGGUAGUCUACUGGGCUCUUUUCUCUGCGUGCUGCGCUCUAUACUCGGCGUUAUGCUACUCUACGGUCCACUCUACAGCGCAUUCGCUGAAGAACGCGGUACACAAUUCAUAGUGUUCUCGCUCUUCUGCGCCAUACUCGUACCGCUCGGCUACCACCUGUCGCGUUCGGCCAGUGACUUUAGCCAUUUGUGGGCGCUCAUCAAGAACUGCAUUGUCAGCACUUACCACGACGAUGACGAUGAGGACGAGCUGAGCGCCGCUACCAUCGACGGCAGCGCGGCGAGUAGCCAGAAACUCACCACAAAUACAACACUGAAAGGACGCACGAAAAGCAGCAGCGCACGCGCUCAUGAACAGAUCGAAAUGUCUGCACUGGAUGAAAAGCUCACGGCUGAGAUUCGCGAACGCGCCACACUCGAACAUAUAAACAUCGAAAUUGAGGGCAAGAUCAGCAAAUCAAAGGCGUCUUCAUUGGCGAGUAGCAGUCAAACGCUUGCUAAAACCCAGUCAAGCAACAGAAGGGGCAUGACCACGUCAAACUCCUUCGUGUCGGUGGUGAACGGUAGCGGCGCGCUGAUGGCAGGCGCUGAAAGCCUGCACGACGCGGCGCCAGUUGGAGAGAACGCCAGCCAAUUGCUUGAAAACGAAGUGGUCGAUGCGCCGAACGCAACUGUCACGACGCCAACAAAUGCGUCAAACGUGGGCGUUGGCACGAAGGAAACUGCACAGCCGACGUCUAUAACAACUGGGGACGCCGUAAGAUCGAAGUCGGUUGAAGCGGACGUGGAUGCUGAAGCCCAACAACAAGCCGGCGAUGAGGAGGACAAAAUGUCCAGCUCGUCGACCACCAACCCCGGCGACAUGUCCACGCUGACUGCGGGUGGCGUCUGCGCCGACAUCGAGCCCACCGUCAUGCCAACGAACGCCGCCAGCGCAAAUGCGGACAACGACAACGAAUCGCCCGAUCCGCUGCCUAAGAAGCUGCAGGCUACAGUGAAUAUGCGGCUUAAGAAUGAUCUUGUAGUGACCACGCUGCUGGCGUUUGUUGUCUUUGGUCUGCACUGCAGCACCGUCUUCACCGUUUUGCAGCCGGAUCUGAACAUUGUGCUCUACGCUUUCACCGGCGGUUUGGGUCUGCUACUGCACUACAUCAUACCGCAGAUGCGCAAGCACAUGCCUUGGCUCUGCUUUGCGCGACCGUUGCUGCGCCAGAAGGAAUACGGACAGUUCGAAGUAGCACACGCGCCGAAGGUGAUGUGGUUCGAGAAGGUCUACAUCUAUCUCUGCAUGCUGGAGCGCAAUGUGAUGUUUCCGUUGCUGGUCAUUUCGUCUGUAACCGCGGACGCGCAGAUAAUUGCCAACAAGUUCGGCAUUGCCUGGGGCACACUGAUUGUGGCGGUGUGCGCGCUGAAACUGAUUCGCAACGCGUAUUCGGAUCCGACAAAUCAGUAUCUGAUUGUGAUGUUCACCGUUCUGUGCUUUCGCUACGAUUUCGCCUUCGCAAGUGAGACGUUCCUCAUCGACUAUUUCUUCAUGUCGUUGGCCUUCCGCAAGUGCUGUGAUUUUCUACUUAAGCUACAAUUCAUCGUUACCUACAUCGCGCCGUGGCAAAUCACGUGGGGUUCGGCGUUCCACGCAUUCGCCCAACCAUUUAGUGUACCGCACUCGGCAAUGCUCUUCCUGCAGGCCGGCGUCUCAGCCAUACUCUCCACGCCGCUGAAUCCCUUCCUGGGCAGCGCCAUUUUCCUCACCUCCUACGUGCGCCCCAUAAAGUUCUGGGAGCGCGACUACAAUACGCGUCGCAUCGAUCAUUCCAAUACGCGUUUGAGUUCGCAGCUGGAGCGCAAUCUAGGCGCGGACGAUAACAAUUUGAACAGCAUUUUCUAUGAGCAUUUAACGCGCUCACUGCAGCACUCUUUGUGCGGCGACCUGCUGAUGGGUCGCUGGGGCAACGUCAAUCAAGGCGAUUGUUUUGUGCUCGCCUCAGACUACCUCAACUGCCUGGUGCACAUCAUUGAGCUGGGUAACGGACUGUGUACCUUUCAGAUGCGUGGCUUGGAAUUUCGUGGCACUUACUGCCAGCAACGCGAAGUGGAGGCCAUAACCGAGGAUGUAGAGGAUAACGAUGGCUGCUGCUGCUGCGACCCGGGCCAUUUGCCGCGCAUGCUGAGCGUGAACGCCAUGUUCUCGACGCGUUGGCUCGCCUGGCAAGUGGUCGCGGCGCAAUACGUGCUCGAAGGUUACUCGAUAUCGGAUAACUUGGCGAGCGCCACGCUGCAGGUCUUCGAGUAUCGCAAGGUGCUCAUCACCUAUUACAUUAAGAGCAUCAUUUAUUAUGUGAUCAAGAAUCCCAAGCUGGAGCAAUGGCUUGCUUCGGCGCCCAUACAGGAAGCGCUUCAACAUACGCUCAGUCGGCAGUUUGUGGAUCUCGAUCCCAUUUUCAACUACAAUCUCGAUGAAGAUUUCGACUUUCGCGCUGUUGGCAUCACGCGCUCCAGCUUCUGUUAUGUUUACCUAAGCUGGAUCAACUAUUGCUUUGAUAAGCGGAAAGAGAGUCAGAAUCCCGCAACGUCCACGGCGAAUACUAACGGCAGCAAUGCAACAAAUGCGGCACCCGCGCCACCACUACCACCACACACACCCACCACCAACAAUAGCAAUAACAACGGCGGUGCGUAUAACGACUCGAAGAGCACGCCAAACCUGUCCACAACCGCCACAACUACCACCAGCAAAUCACAGUCACAACAACAGCUGCGCACGCGUCCGCAGAAGAGCGCGACAAUGAGCGGCAGUACCACAACGAACUCUUCGGAGCAUAUCGCCAUCUCGCCCUCAUUUGCUAACAUUUCGCGGCAGACGUCCGAGUCGGCGCCGGGUCUAAGUGGCGUGGGCGGCUGUUACAUAUCCGUGGGAGCCGCGCAUGCGCCACUCGAUAAUGGUUUUGCGAAUAGUGCGGCGACAGUGGGCGCAAGCAUCUCGGCGGCGGCUAAAAUGCCUACACUGGGGCAGCAAAUGCGCGGUAAGUCAGUGGGUGCUGGUGCCGCGGCGCUGAAAGCACUGCGCAAAGAAGCAUCGCCAACGGCUAGUGCAAACACUACGAACGCACCUAACGGCGGUACCGAGCGCGCAGCUUCAGAGGAGACCAAUUGCGAACGACCAUUGUUAAAGUUAAAAGUGCCCAGCGUGACAAAGGACUCGCCGAUAGUUUCGCUCUGCCUUGCACUGGGCCUGUUGGCACGACGUUCGUUGGCCAACGCUUCGCACAGCUCGCUGACCGGUGUUGAAUUCUUUUUGCACGGUUUGCAUCAGUUGUUUAAGGGCGAUUUUCGCAUACAAUCACCACGCGAUGAGUGGGUCUUUGCCGACAUGGAGUUGCUGCAUGCUGUAGUGGCGCCGGCUGUAAAAAUGGCGCUGAAGCUGCAGCAAGAUCACAUCUCAAAUCCAGAUGAGUUUCACUACCCGGAGGCGCUGUACGAGGCGAUUGAUACGUGCGCCAAUGACUUGGUUAUAUCACACGAAGCAGAUCCUGUUUGGCGCAGCGCUGUGCUGAGGGGCGCGCCCAACUUGCUUGCCUUGCGUCAUGUAAUGGAGGACGGCUCAGACGAGUACCGCAUAAUCAGGCUGACGAAGCGUUUCCUCAGCUUCCGUGUCAUCAAGCUUAAUCGCGAAUGCGUGCGCGGCCUUUGGGCGGGGCAGCAGCAGGAGCUCAUAUAUUUGCGCAAUCGCAAUCCCGAGCGCGGCAGCAUACAGAAUGCCAAACAGGCGUUGCGCAACAUCAUCAAUUCCAGCUGUGAUCAACCAAUUGGAUACCCCAUAUACGUGUCGCCGCUCACCACUUCCUACGCGGAUACCAAUGAGCAACUGUGCAAGGUCAUCGGUGGCGCCAUUACGCUGGAGUCGAUCAAAUCGAACGUUUUAGAUUGGUGGCAUCGGAUACGUGAGCGCUGUCGUCAAGGCUGCAGCUCGGGCUCGGCGAUGGAGACCUCCAACCUCGGCCUAGGCGUUACCGGCGGCAUGGGUAGCGCCACCGUGGGUAGUGGUGAGUCAGGCGCUGACAUUGCGCCCAUCUACAUCUCGGCGCCGCUUUACAACACGCUGACGGUGGGCAAUAUGUUCGGGUGUCGGCCGGUGCAUGGUGUCACCGUACCAACCAGUAUUGGCGGCACACUGGGCGCGCAAUUUGGCAGCGAUGGCGCGGUGGUGACACCGUUAUGGCGUUGUCCUGUGGUGACGGCAAAGCCUGCGCUGCUCGCCGGUUUAUUAAAUCGGGAACGCGAACAAGAACACGAGCGUGAACGUGAACGAGAGCAAUUACGCGGUGUCGGCAUACGCGUAUCGCAUUCGCUGUCACGCGUCGAGCGCGAACGGCGUGUAACGCUACCCAUUGCUAGCACUAGUGGCAGCGCGAAUGCUGCAGACACCGGCAGUAAUGCGGCGACUACAACUGCAAAAUCUGCUGAAUCGGCGCGUCAGUUGGAGCCCCAUGCUGGCGGUGGUGCUGAGUUGCAACCGAAUAGCAGCAGUCCGCGCUACACCAAAAUGUCCAGUUCAUCGGGCAGCAUCGGCAUUGGCAGCAUUAUAACGACACCUGGCGACUAUCCGCGUAAGUCGAAAGGUCCGAUCAGUUUGACGGCGGCGGCAGCGCUGGCCGCGAACGAACGCAGCGGCGUGCCCGAGAUGGGCGGAAAGUCGAGCAGCGCUGAUAUGGUGGCGUCCUUAGCAGCAGCGGGACACGUGCCGCGCAUCGGACUGUACAAGAAGGUCGUCAUUAUCGAUGAUUUUGAGAUUUUUGAUCGCAUCGAUGUCGGACGUCGCUUUAACAUGUUUUGGCCCAGCGAGGAAAUGCGCGCCAAAGGUGGUCGUUCCGCCUGGAAGGAUUGGCUGCCCUGUAUCGGCAUGGUGGGCUACGUGGUGCACUUCUGGAUGCCCGGACACCGCGAUCCACUUUUCCGUUCGCCUUUCAGCCGCGUGGUCUACCUGGUGGCUAUAAACGGUUAUUAUGUACCCGUCGGCGAAUUCGGCAUACGUGAAUACGAUGCGAUACGUGAUGGUGACGAUGGCCUCAGUGAAGAAGAGGAAAUGGCCACUGCGGCGGCAGGUGUUUUGGUCGCCAUGCGCGCGGUUAAUGCGCGACGAAGCUCUGUGCAACACGAGCUCCAUGAAUUGGACGAGCUACAGCUGCAGCAACGCGAACGUCUACGCGGCGAAGGUCUAACACCAAUACUGGGCAGCAGUCUCGAGUCACCUACCUCACAUUUGAUGGGCAGCAGCGUGCUAAGCGGCGCCGGCGCCGAUGCAGAUACUUACACGUACGACGACGCAAAAGUAGAAGACACCGCGCCGCUAGAUGCUGCCGGCGAACGGGCGAGCGUAAGUGGUGCGACGGCGUUAGUGUUGACAGGCGCAAUUACCAGCGGCAACGUGCAAAUGCGCGCAGUGAGUAGCAGUAGCUCAGAGGAUGAGGCUGAGCUGCUCAACUACGAAAUGCAACGGCGCGAACAAUUCUUCAACAUGUGGAAGAUGAUGUCGGAGCACAAAGAUGCCGAGCUAAAGCAGGCAGAGCAGGCGAAACGUGAAGAACGCGCGGAAGAGUUAAGUCCAGAACCCGCGGCGAGUGAGCAGCAAGAGACGGAGGCACCGCAGUCGCACGAAACUGGCACUGCCUUAGUGGCGUAUGAUGCCGAGGAAAGAUCGGCUGUAACGCCGAGUGAUGCGUCAGCCAGCAGAGAUGAUGUGGGCGGGGAACAGGAAUGCGAAAGUGAGGUAGCACCGGAAGCACAAACGGCGGCCUGCGUGGCGCAGUUAGAGCAGCAAACACUGCCCGAAUGCAGCGACGUUUAG